CUUUCCUCCUUUCGGAAGAGCGCUUCUCGUUUUCCGUGGAGGAAGAUCGGGUUUUCUCUGUUAAUUAGGGUUAGGGCUUCCGGAUCCUUGACGGGGGAGAAGACGAGCCUCAAUUCCGAUCCCUAAUCGGUGGUCGUCAUAAGGCUCCGAGCGUCGGAGAGAUCGGUGGUCGAGCUUUCUGCGGUUGGAUUCUUCCGUCGUAGAGAGGUUUCUCGAUUUUUCGGUGGAGCAAUGGCGUUGGAAUGGGUCGUUCUGGGGUACGCGGCCGGAGCGGAGGCGAUUAUGCUGCUGCUUUUGACGUUUCCGGGGCUGGAUCGUUUGCGGAAGGGCCUGAUCGCUGUAACCAGGAAUGCUCUGAAGCCGCUGCUUUCUGUCAUCCCCUUCUGUAUGUUCCUCCUCCUUGAUAUAUACUGGAAGUACGAGACGAGGCCGUUCUGUGAGGGCCCCUCGUGCACCCCUACCGAGCACCUUCGCCACCAGAAAUCGAUCAUGAAGAGCCAGAGGAAUGCGCUCCUAAUCGCCUGCGCGCUUAUCUUUUAUUGGCUCUUGUAUGCUGUCACGAAUUUGGUCGUCCGGCUCGAGCAGGUCACUCAGAGGGUGGAGAAGCUCAAGAACCAGGAUUAAGUAAAAGAUAAGGCUUUAGAAUCCGUUUCUACCAGAUCUAUUGCAGUUCUGCUUUUUUCUUUUGUGUUCUUACUUUUGGGGGCAAUGGGUGUUUAAAUAGCUCGAUCCCGUGCGCUUGGUGUUGAUGUAACUGGAGGUUAUAGUUUUGCUUAUAAUGCACUCGUCUUAUCUCUGUUGAAUUUUCUGUUUCUCCUCAUGGUGCUCAUCCUGAGUGGAAAUUUUUGGAAUUGUUUCUUCGUGGGACCCAUUUUUCUUUGGGGAAGAUUUGAAUGUUUGUAUGAUUUGUACUUUUUGGAUUUCAUUAUUUCCCAUGCCAA